GCUAUAAAACACGGUAAGAGUGAACGUUGCUCAUUUUGUUCAAUUUAACAUCGAAGGUAAACAUGAACUACGAUAAGUAAUUUCCGCCGUCCUUGUACUUGCCUUAAAACCAGAAAUUUCGCGCUAAAAUCGUCAAUAAUGUUGUACUUGUGUUUGGCCAUUUUGCUCAUCUUGUGGGCCAUCGCGCGCUUGACUCUGGGAAUCACCAGAAGCCCCACAUGUCUCGUGGGCAAAACGGCCCUGGUGACCGGUGCAAACUCCGGUUUGGGGUACCAGACUGUCCUCAAUCUGGCGUCUAGGGGAUGCACCGUCAUAAUGGCCGACGUGGCCGACAUGGAAGAUUCAAAAAAACAAAUCAUCAAAGCCACAAACAACACAAACAUCACCACGAAAAAACUCGACUUGACUUCGUUCAAAUCGGUGCGAAAUUUCGCCGACGAUAUUUUGAAUUCGGUCGAUAAGUUGGACAUCCUGUAUAAUAAUGCCGGAAUUGGCGUUUCCGCAAGCGACAAAACCGGAGAUGGCUGCAAUCCAGUGAUGCAAAUCAACUAUUUCAGCCAUUUUUUGCUCACGCAUCUGCUAAUUGACUUGCUGAAACGCUCUGCUCCUAGCCGAAUCGUCUCAACGUCGUCGCUCCUCGCCUACACUAAUAAUUUAUCACUGAAAAAACUCAACGAAACGCAGAAUUCCGACAGUGUAAUCGCACGAACGUGUCUUUAUGGCAACUCUAAGCUUUGCCUCAUCAUAAUGUCGAACAUUUUGGCUGAAAAACUGAAAAACACUGGAGUUACAGCAAAUUGUGUUCAUCCAGGUCUAGUCACAACCCCGAUUUUCACUAAAACUUACUCGAUUUGUAACAACAAUAUUUUGGAAUUUUUGUCGCACUUGAUUCAUAAAUUUUUUGCAAAGGACCCUUGGGAGGGCUCCCAGACUUUGGUCCAUGUGGGGGUUGAUAAGAGUCUGGAGAACGUGAGUGGGAAAUUCUUUUCGGAUUGCAAGCCCUUUGUGAAGCCCCGGAGUGCCUAUGAUAAGGCGUGGUGUAAGAAAAUUUGGGAGGAGACGGAGAAAAUUGUCGAUUUGGCACCCAAUGAAAGACUUUAAGUUUGUUAUUUUAGUACCGAUAAGCAAUAAAGGUUGUGGUAAUUUAUGUUUUUAUGUAAAUUACGUCAAGGAUCAUUUACAAAUAUUUUACAUUAAAAUAUAAUAGAAAUUAAA